AUGGCGGGUGGCUUCGGCAUCGAAAGCGGCGGCGUCCCCAAGGAUUAUCCUGGGAAAGUCACCACUUACGUUCUCAUCACAUGCAUCGCUGCUGCCAUGGGGGGUUUGAUAUUCGGGUAUGACAUCGGUAUUUCGGGCGGCGUGACGUCCAUGGCUCCGUUCCUAAAGAGGUUCUUCCCUGCCGUGUACCGGAAGGAGGCAUUGGACAAGUCGACCAAUCAAUACUGCAAGUUCGACAGCUUCACGUUGACUAUGUUCACGUCGUCGCUCUACUUGGCGGCGCUCGUGGCCUCGCUGGUCGCAUCCAAGGUGACAAGGAGCCUGGGGCGGAGGUGGUCCAUGUUGCUAGGCGGCACGAUCUUCCUCUGUGGCGCUAUCGUAAAUGCUGCCGCACAAAACAUCGCUAUGCUGAUCAUUGGCCGGACAUUGCUCGGCAUUGGAGUCGGCUUCGCCAUUCAGUCCGUGCCACUCUACGUGUCGGAGAUGGCGCCAUACAAGCGCCGCGGCUCACUCAAUGUGCUCUUCCAGCUGUCCAUCACGGUGGGCAUCCUGUGCGCGAAUGUGGUCAACUACUUCACCCAGAAGAUGGCCAAUGGCGAAGGGUGGCGCGUGAGCCUUGGCGGUGCGGCGGUCCCUGCCCUCAUCAUCGGCAUCUCGGCCUUCUUCCUCCCCAACACCCCCAACUCCAUCCUUGAGAAGGGCAACCCCACCAAGGCACGGGAGAUGCUCCGCCGCAUCCGAGGGGUUUCUGACCAUGAGGUGGAGGCCGAGUUCAACGACAUCGUGGAGGCCAGCCAGGCGUCCAAGGCCGUGAAGAACCCAUGGGGCAACCUCGGCAAGCGGAAGUAUCGGCCACACUUGAUCAUGUCGGUGCUCAUCCCAAUGUUCCAACAACUUACUGGGAUCAACGUGGUCAUGUUCUACGCGCCAGUCCUAUUCAUCACCAUCGGGUUCGGGAACGAUGCAUCGCUCAUGUCGGCACUUAUCACUGGCGGUGUCAAUGUGGUUGCAACAUUCAUCUCCGUGUAUGGGACUGAUAAGUGGGGACGUCGCCCUCUCUUCUUAUGGGGUGGAGGUUUGAUGCUCAUCUUUCAGGCGGCGGUGGCGUUCCUAAUCGGCUGGAAGUUUGGCACGACAGGCCAAGCGAACAACCUACCCGGGUGGUAUGCCAUUGUCGUGGUGGUCUGCAUCUGCAUCUUUGUAAGCGCCUAUGCCUUCUCAUGGGGGCCGCUGGGGUGGCUGGUGCCAAGCGAGAUAUUCCCCCUGGAGAUCCGGUCGGCUGCUCAGAGCAUCGUCGUGUGUGUCAACAUGCUCUUCACCUUCUUGGUUGCACAGAUCUUCCUAGCCAUGCUCUGCCACCUGAAAUUCGGCCUCUUCAUCUUCUUUGCCUUCUUUGUCGCUCUCAUGACGGCCUUCAUCUACGUCUUCGUGCCAGAGACGAAGAAUAUCCCGAUCGAAGAGAUGUCCCAAGUCUGGGAGGAACAUUGGUAUUGGAAGAAAUACGUGGUCAUAAAUGGACCGUCUUCGCCAGAGAAAGUUUAG